AUGACAAUGGAUCAAGGUGACAAUGAAGACCACACGAACACGUUCAAUAAAUAUGCUUUUGCUUGUUCCGUUGUUGCUUCAAUUGUAUCCAUCGUUUCUGGUUAUGAUACCGGCGUUAUGAGCGGAGCAUUGAUAUUCAUAAAAGAGGACUUGGGGAUCAGCGACGAACAACAAGAGAUUAUUGCAGGAAUCUUAAACGUAUGUGCAUUAGUAGGAUCUUUAACAGCAGGAAGAACUUCUGAUUACAUUGGUCGACGAUACACAAUUUUCUUAGCCUCUAUGCUCUUCAUGCUCGGUGCAGUUCUAAUGGGGUAUGGCCCAAACUAUGUAGUUUUAUUCAUUGGAAGAUGUGUUUGUGGUUUAGGUGUUGGUUUUGCACUUAUGAUAGGACCGGUUUACUCCGCUGAAAUUUCAUCUGCAGCAUCAAGAGGUUUUUUAACCUCUUUACCUGAGGUUUGUAUUGGCCUCGGAAUCUUAUUAGGUUAUGUAUCAAAUUAUUUCUUGGGAAGACAUUUGAGUUUGAAACUUGGUUGGAGAAUAAUGCUUGGUAUUGCAGCUAUUCCUUCAAUUGUAGUAGCUUUUGGUAUUUUAGCAAUGCCAGAAUCACCAAGGUGGUUGGUUAUGCAAGGUCAACUAGGAAAAGCUAAAAAAGUUUUGUUACAAGUUUCAAACACAACAGAAGAAGCUGAACAUCGUUUCAAGGAUAUUAAAAUCGCAGCUGGUAUAGACGAGAAUUGCAACGAUGAAGUUGUGAAAUUAACUCAAAAGUCCAGCCAAGGUCAAGGUGUUUGGAAAGAGUUGAUUCUAAGACCAACACCUCCUGUACGUUGGAUGUUAAUCGCUGCUGUUGGGAUUCAUUUUUUCGAACAUGCAACCGGAAUCGAAGCUGUUAUGUUAUAUAGUCCAAGAAUUUUUAAGAAAGCUGGUGUUACUAGUAAAGAUAAGCUUUUACUUGCAACUAUUGGAGUUGGAUUAACAAAGGUUAUUUUUCUUAUAAGUGCUUUGUUUAUGCUAGACAAAGUUGGUAGAAGAAGAUUAUUGCAGGUAAGUGUUGCAGGAAUGGUUGUUGGGCUUACAACAUUGGGCUUUAGCUUGACUAUGGUGGAACAGGCCCAUGAAAAGGUUUCAUGGGCUUUGACACUUAGUAUCCUGGCAACAUAUUUUUAUGUUGCUUUCUUUAAUAUGGGACUUGCACCUGUGACUUGGGUUUAUAGUUCAGAGAUUUUUCCUUUGAGGUUAAGGGCACAAGGGGCAAGUAUUUGUGUUGCUGUGAAUAGGAGCAUGAAUGCUCUUGUUUCAAUGACUUUUAUUUCUAUCUAUAAAGCAAUCACAAUAGGUGGAAGCUUUUUCAUGUUUGCUGGUAUAUCUUUAAUUGCUUGGUUUUUCUUCUAUUUUUUCCUUCCUGAAACUAAGGGUAAGGCCUUAGAGGAGAUGGAGAUGCUUUUCACAAAAAAAUCUAAAGGUAAAAAUGUAGCAAUGGUUAAUGAUCCAACACAAAGUGUCUAA